GGAAAAUAACUCCGCCUCAGCCAUCCAAAAAGAAUUCACUUUCUGGCUUUCGAAUUUUGAUUUUAUUUUUUCAAAUUUUUAUUUUUAUUUCUAUUUUUUGGAUUUUUGGUUCGCAAUCGGAGGAGGAGGUGGUGGAUUUGGAUCUUGAGCUAGGGUUUGUGUGAUGGGGGAGCAGAGGAGUAACAAUAGAUGGAACUGGGAGGUGACUGGGUUUGAGCCUAGACGGUUGUCCUCGCCACCUCCCGAUGAGCGGCGGGCGGGUGCGCCUCUCGUCAGACGGUACUCGAUCUCGUCGCCGCAUUCUCUAGAGUUUCAGAAGCAGGCGUUGGCGUCUAAGGUGAACCGGUUGCAGGAUGAAAUUAAGCUUGCAAAAGAAGAUUACUUGGAGUUGAGACAAGAAGCAAGUGAUCUGCAGGAAUACUCUAAUGCAAAACUUGAUCGAGUUACGCGUUAUCUAGGUGUUCUUGCUGAGAAAAGCCGCAAGCUAGAUCAAGUUGCCCUUGAAAGUGAGGCUAGGAUAUCUCCACUGAUUAAUGAGAAGAAAAGGUUGUUUAAUGACUUAUUGACAGCUAAAGGAAGCAUAAAGGUAUUUUGUCGUGCAAGACCGUUAUUUGAAGAUGAGGGCCCUUCUAUAGUUGAAUUUCCUGAUGAUUGCACUAUCCGUGUCAAUACUGGGGAUGAUGCAAUCUCCAACCCCAAGAAAGAUUUUGAAUUUGAUAGAGUCUAUGGACCUCAUGUUGGACAAGCUGAACUUUUCAGUGACGUUCAGCCAUUUGUGCAAUCAGCUUUGGAUGGAUAUAAUGUUUCAAUAUUUGCUUACGGACAAACUCGCUCAGGAAAAACACACACUAUGGAAGGAUCUAGCCAUGAUCGUGGUUUAUGUGCUCGAUGUUUUGAGGAGCUAUUUGAUUUAGCGAAUUCGGAUUCAACAUCUACCUCUAAAUUUAAUUUCUCUGUUACAGUUUUUGAUCUCUACAAUGAACAGAUAAGGGAUUUGCUCUUGGAAUUAGGGAGUAAUUUACCAAAGAUCUGCCUUGGUUCACCAGAACAUUCUGUAGAACUUGUGCAGGAGAAAGUUGAUAACCCACUGGACUUCUCUAAAGUCUUGAGAGCUGCAUUUCAGACCCGUGGAAGUGACAUAUUAAAGUUCAAUGUUUCACAUCUGGUCAUCAUGGUGCAUAUAUAUUAUAACAAUCUGAUUACUGGAGAAAACUCAUAUAGCAAACUUUCACUCGUUGACUUGGCUGGAAGUGAAGGUCAAAUUCUGGAAGAGGACAGUGGGGAGCGUGUGACAGACUUGCUACAUGUUAUGAAGUCACUAUCAGCGUUGGGAGAUGUUUUAUCUUCUUUGACCUCAAAAAAGGAUGUUGUUCCUUAUGGAAAUUCAAUGCUUACAAAUCUACUUGCAGACUCACUUGGGGGAAGAUCGAAAACAUUGAUGAUAGCUAACAUCUGCCCUAAUGCUGCAAACUUGUCUGAGACAGUAUCAUCUCUCAAUUUCUCUUCAAGAGCUCGAAAUGCUGUCCUAAGCCUAGGAAAUCGAGAUACCAUCAAGAAAUGGAGAGAUAUUGCAAAUGAUGCACGGAAAGAGUUGUAUGAAAAAGAAAAGGAAACCCAGGAUCUGAAACAAGAGGUCAUGGGACUAAAACAGGCUCUUAAAGAUGCAAACGAUCAGUGUGUCCUACUUUAUAAUGAAGUCCAGAAGGCGUGGAAGGUUUCCUUUACGCUACAGUCAGAUUUAAAGUCUGAGAACAUCAUGCUUGCUGACAAGUACAAGAUAGAGAAGGAACAGAAUGCACAGCUUAGAAAUCAAGUAGCUCAAUUACUGCAGAUGGAACAAGAACAAAAAAUACAAAUGCAACAGCAAGAUUUGACCAUUCAGACCUUGCAGGAAAAGAUAAAAAGCCUUGAAUCACAAAUCAAUGGAGCCCUUCUUUCUAGUGAAGGUAGGUUGUUUGGCUCAGAAAUGGGGCGUGGAGCAUUGCCUAAAACAACAGGGGAUAGCAUGGAUUCUUCUGCAGUGACAAAGAAACUUGAGGAAGAACUCAAAAAACGUGAUACACUAAUUGAGAGAUUACAUGAAGAAAAUGAGAAAUUGUUCGAUAGAUUAACAGAGAAAGCAUCUAUAACUGGAUCACCCCAGAUGUCAAGUCCAUUAUCUAAAGGACCCACAAGUAUUCAGUCUCGGGACCUCGGGAGGAAUGAUAACGGCAAGGCAAGAUCUAUGGAUGGUCUUCCUUUGCCCCUUCCCACAGAUAAGACUGAGGCCAGUGUUGCUUUGGUUAAAUCAGGCAGUGAAAAAGUCAAAACCACACCAGCUGGAGAAUAUCUUACUGCAGCUCUAAAUGACUUUGAUCCUGAGCAGUAUGACAGCAUUGCUGCCAUUUCAGAUGGAGCAAACAAGCUUUUGAUGCUAGUUUUGGCAGCAGUCAUCAAAGCAGGUGCUUCUAGAGAGCAUGAAAUACUUGCUGAAAUAAGAGAUGCAGUUUUCUCUUUUAUUCGUAAAAUGGAACCAAAGAGAGUAAUGGAUACUAUGCUUGUUUCUCGUGUUAGAAUUUUGUACAUAAGAUCUUUGCUUGCUAGAUCACCAGAGCUACAGUCCAUCAAGGUUUCACCUGUUGAAUAUUUUCUAGAAAGGCCAAAUUCUGGACGCAGCAGAAGCUCCAGCAGAGGAAGCAGCCCUGGAAGAUCACCCAUACGCUAUGCUGAUGAGCUGAUUCAAGGAUUUAAGGUGAAUAUAAAGCCAGAAAGGAAGUCAAAGUUGUCAUCAGUUGUUUCAAGAAUACGAGGACUUGAUCAGGAUACUUUGAGACCACAACAGGUUACUGGUGGAAAACUAAGGGAAAUACAAGAGGAAGCCAAAAAUUUUGCAGUUGGAAACAAGGCUCUUGCUGCUCUCUUUGUCCAUACUCCAGCUGGUGAGCUGCAGAGGCAAAUUAGGUCCUGGCUUGCGGAAAACUUUGAGUUUCUCUCUAUUACAGGGGAUGAAGCAUCUGGGGGGACCACUGGUCAGCUAGAGCUUCUGUCAACAGCAAUCAUGGAUGGUUGGAUGGCUGGACUUGGUGCUGCAAUGCCUCCCAAUACAGAUGCUCUUGGUCAGCUUCUAUCUGAGUAUGCAAAGCGGGUCUAUACUUCUCAACUGCAGCACUUAAAGGAUAUUGCUGGCACCUUAGCAACAGAAAUGGCCGAAGAUGCACCCCAAGUGGCAAAGCUGCGUUCAGCUCUUGAAUCUGUUGACCAUAAACGCAGAAAGAUUUUGCAACAAAUGAGAACUGAUGCUGCCUUGCUAACACUGGAGAGUGGUGAAUCACUAGUUAGGAGUCCUUCUACUGCAGCAGAAGAUGCACGCCUUGCUUCUCUUAUUUCUCUUGAUGGGAUAUUGAAGCAAGUGAAGGAUAUUGUGAGACAGUCAUCUGUAAAUAGCAUGAGUAGAAGCAAGAAGAAAGCAAUGCUAGCAUCUCUAGAUGAACUUGUUGAACGAAUGCCUUCCCUUCUUGACAUUGAUCAUCCAUGUGCCCAAAGGCAAAUUGCUGAUGCCCGUCAUCUGGUUGAGGUAUAUCUUUUUCUUUUACUGUACAGCAGGAAGUGGUCAAUUGCAUGCUUCUUGUUGGUUGGUCAGAGGAGUUAACCUGUGAUUUGCACAUGUCAUGUUUCAUUGAUUGGCUUGGCUAUAGUCAGUGAUCCUGUGUCUAACUAACAUGUAGGGAAAAGUUUUAGGUCUGUCAUAAAAGCAUCAGGAUGGUCUGAAGUUAAUUGUGAUGGAGAUCUGGGUUCCCAUGUCCAUAAAUUAGUUUUAAUGUUUCUCAUAUUUAUUUUGAUGUGUUCCAAAGUGCAGAAAGCAUCUAAAUUGAACAAUUUCUUAACUGGAUACUGUGAAAUGUACAUCUGUCCUGUGGUUUUUCUGUUAGGUUACAUUUUGGUGGCUGCCAACUCUGCUUAAGCUCUUGUUGGUAGUUUCAGCGAGAUAUUAAUUGUUUCUUGUAUUGUAUGCGUCAUUUAGCCUUUUUCUUCUACUAAUUGAAAUCACGAGUGUAUCCAAGUACCGAAAGGGUAAGAAAAGGUAAACAUGAGCUCAUGAUCUUGCUGUUGACUGGUAAGAUGCUACUGAGUUAAACGCUUCAUUGGAAUGGCAGGGCAGCUAAUUUCAAUUGUCUGAAGCUCAUUUGAUGUAUUUAUAAACUCUUUUGAAAUUCAAUAUCUGGACGUCAUGGAACUGAAUACUUGGAAUUGCUUAUUGCAUUUUGAUUUUGCUCCGGCACUUCAAAUAUUUGAAA